UGGAAAGAUUAGUGCUGCUUAAUAUCCAAUUAUUAUUUAUCAUUUUACUCGUCGACUUCUGAAUCAUCAUGAGAUAAUUGUGAGAAAUUAUUACGGUUCUGGAGCUUAUAAUAACAAUAGAGUAACACAACUUGAAAGUUUUGUAAAGAAUGAGUGUAAAUCUGGAAGGAUUAAGAAACUUGAUGAUGGUUUGAGAUACUUUGAUCAAUUAAUUUUGGAAAGGCCAUUGCCAUCUAACGUUACAUUUAAUCAUGUAUCGAGUUCAUUAUCCAAAAUCAAGUGUUAUUCAGAUGUCAUUAUGUUGUAUAAGAAAAUGAGCUUGGUUGGGGUACAACUCGAUAUUUAUACACUCACCAUUUUGAUUAAAUGCUUUUGUCAAUUAGGAAAAGUUGAUCAUGGUUUUUGUUUGCUUGGAGAGAUCAUUAAGAGAGGCCAUCAUCCUAAUGUUAUCACUUUCGGUACACUGAUUCAAGGGUUGUGUCAACAAGGAAAGAUUGAUUCUGCAUUCCAAGUGUUUGGUAAAAUGAGGUAUUCAACCUAAUGCGGUUGCAUGUAAUAUUCUUAUACAUGGGCUUUGUACAACCGGUAAAGUGAGUCUUGCUCUUCAACUAAAAACAAAAUGGGGAGAUGGAACUGCAGACCCACUGUUGUUUCAUAUUGUGUGAUUAUAGAUACACUUUGUAAAGGAGGUUUAGUUGAUGAAGCUUUGGUUCUCUUCUCCGAGAUGCUUAGAGAUUCAGAUGUUGUCCCAGAUGUUGUUGUUUACAGUUCUUUGAUUAACCGUCUCUGCAAUUCAGGCCGGUUCAAGGAGGCAAAGAGAUUCUUCCAAGAGAUGGCUGAUAGAGGAAUCUCUGCGAAUGUAAAGACAUAUAGUUGUAUGAUUGAUGGUCAUUGUCUACUUGGUCAAUGGGAGGAAGCAAGAAGAUAUUUUGAUGAAAUGAUGGAUCGAGGGAUUUCACCCGAUUCAGUAACCUUUAAUAUAUUAAUAGAUUCACAUUGCAAAGAUGGGAUGACGGAAGAUGCUUGGGGGUUCUUUCUAUUGAUGGACAAGAUAAACAUAAAACCGGAUCAGAUUACUUACACCUCGAUGAUUGACGGUUUGUGUUUGACAGGUCGGCUGCAAGAAGCGGUUAAACUGUUUGACUCGAUGGUGGAUAGGGGCCUUGAGCCAGAUGAAAUCACCUACAGUGUGUUAAUUGAUGGGUAUUGCAAGAAUCGUAAGUUAGAUGAAGCUAUGCAAUUAUUCCAGAAAAUGAAACAAAAUGGAGUGAAACCCGCUAUAGUUCCUUACACUAUACUAUUAAGGGGACUAUACCAGGUUGGAAGAAUGAAGACUGCGCAAAGGUUUCUUGAUGAGAUGCAAUCUAUUGGUCUAUCUCCAAAUGAAGUCACAUACACUACUAUAAUGGAUGGUCUCUGCAGGAAUGGAAAAAUGGAGGAGGCAACGAAAUUGUUUGAAGCCAUGGAGGGUAUAGGAAUCUCAGCUGAUAAUUACAUGUUCAGCAUUCUUAUUCAUGCUUUGUCUAAGGCUGGCAGGUUGGCAGAUGCAAGAAAACUGUUUGAAGAGAUUCCAGAAAAAGGAUUAGCUCCUGAUGUGGUCACAUAUAGCACAAUGAUGGUAGGCCUCUUUAAUAACAGAAUGUUCUUGGAGGCUAACAAACUAAUCUUCGAAAUGGAAGAGAAAGGUUGUUUACCAGAUUCUAGAACAUAUGAUAUUAUCAUUACGGGAUUUCUUGAAGGAAAGCAGACUGAGAAGGCACUACAAUUUCUUCGGUUGAUGCGUGAAAGAAAAUUUGCACCAAGUGAUUCUGUUGUUCGUUUGUUAGUAAACACACUCUCCGCGGAUGAAUUAAAAAAUCUCUAGCUUUUUAUUUUUCUUGUGAAACCGCGUAAUAGUUGAGGUAACAGUGACAAUCCAAAUCUCUGUCGCGUGUACCAUUUUGCUUGAGAAAACAGGGUUUCUUUACUUGCCUCUUUAUGCUCCUUAUAGAGUGAACUUGUGGACAUUUGUAUGGAUUGUAUACUUUUAGAUACACCUUCAUGAAAAACCAUAUAGUAUGGGUUUUACAUUAUGUUUUUUUGGGUCAGGUAUAUCUUCACUUUCACUCCAACUUCAUUUAUGUAAAUAAUUUUUGAACUUGUUCAGAAAUUUUAGGUGGGGGUGGGGGGUAUUGCAGGCUGCUGCAGCUGUUAGAGAGGUUGCUAUUACAACAGGUGGAGUUUUUUCAGAUGGCGACAACUGAAGCUUUACAAAGAAUAAGGUACACAACUAUGCAUGCAUUUAUACAUAUAGAUUUCAAUAUUUUAUAAGGUAAACAUAUUCGUUGAUAAAGAACUGGCAGAUAUAGUUCCUCAAAAAUAUGGGGUGUAAUGACUAGGAAUAUUAAGUACAGGAUUGACAAAUUUUUUUUUGCAAUCUCUGGAAACAAAUCUCUCAAAGAAACUUUUCCACUGAUUAUAUAAGGGUGAAAUCUUCAAUUAUUAGCUUAGGUUGUUUUGCCAUGUGAACGCAAAGACAUUGCUGAGGUGAUGUAGAUUUCAUAGAGAUCUCUUUGAUAUUUGAUGCAUUACUACCGUCUAAUAAUUUUGGCAAUAUCUAAACACCACAGCGCGGGCUAGAAAUAACAUAACUUG